AACAUACACAAUCCCAUGUUGUACAAUUUCACAUGGCGUCGACGGUGAAGGAAUCCGUAAUUCGAGAUUAUAUUUUGUAUUCGAAGGAAUAUCUGUCGAAUUUAAAGAAUUGGAUGUUGAAUUAUUGUUUACAGCGCCCAAAAAACAGAUCCUUCAUACUAUUUCAGUGAUGAUCAAAAGAAGCCUCGAUGAUUGUCAUGAAAUUGAAAAACAAUCAAUGUUGAUACAAAUUCAGGAGCUUGUGACAAUGGAUGGUUACAACCGACAAGUUGGGGUUGCUUUGGCUAAUGAAUUAGUUGAUGAAUUUUCCACAACAAAAGCAAGCAGCGUCGGUCUUCCCUGGGAUUUUCAUAAAAAAACCAAAGAAUUCUUUGAAGCUACUUUUCUUCUCCCAUUGUUUGAAAUGGUUCUUCGAAUUUUGCAUCAGCGAUCACAAUUUUAUAUAGAGAAGCAAUUAUCGCAAUCUUUCACAAAUGGACGUGGGCAUACAACAAACAAUUUGCAAAAUGAUUUGAGGCAUGAUACGCUCUUAACGAUUUCACUGAACCUUGUAGAGAAAAUUUUGUACUGGGAUUUUGCCAGUAAAAAUGAUUCUUUGUUAGCGGGUACCUUUGCAAAAGAAGGGAAUGACAUAAUAGAAGACACAUUGUUCAUCACUGCUAAAACACGGGAAUUUCCUGUGAGUUGGAGAAGUCAUAUAAUUCAUAAUGAAGUCUUACGGAUGUUUUUCACAGUGAC